GUGUUGGGCAACUAUAUUGUGUGUCAGUCCUGCAAAGCACUACAAUCUCGUUUGAUUUCUAAGUUGACAUUCGAAAUUGGUUUUCAAUAAUUUUCAAUUUGAUCAACUCAACUCGGAAAUGAAGACCACUCCAAAGAAAAAGGAGAUGUCCCUACGCCUGCGAGAGUCGCGCAGGGAGGAGCAGAAGACGGAGCGAAGCCAUCAACCGCUGGACGACGAUGCGGAGUCGGAUUUGCCUAUUCGGGGUCGACCCUCUAAGAAGCUCCUGCUCCAGCAACAGCAGCAGCGCCAUUACCAGGUAAAGCCGGAUCCGGAGAUCAGGGCAGUCACUAUGGGAGCGACCGCGAAGCCUUCAACUUCCGCAGAUGCAAUAGUUGAUGGAGGGAGUGGAGGGCGCAUCAAGGCUAGGCGAAUGCUCUACAAGAAGAGCGUUAGCGGUAUUGGAUCAACUCAAAAGGCUCCCGGCGAGUCCUACGUGAUGCGCCUGUUCGAGCGUAGUUUAGAUCUCUCUAAAUACCAAGAUGGCACUCCAUUGUAUCCCAUUUGCCGUGCCUGGAUGGCAAAUCAGCCAAGAAAUCCCGCCGUGGCCGCCUUUCAAACAGAGGGGACUGUUCCUGGUACCAAACGCGAAGACAAUGGCAAAGAGAUCAUUUCUAAAUUAAAAAGCGGUGAGAUGAAGACGCUCACACACCUGCCGCAGCCAAAGCCCACGGAUUUGCCUGUCAUCCCCGCCACACGUUUGGAGUUUAGUCAGGAAGAAAAGAAACGGGAAAAGGCUCUAGAGGGUGCCAGUGCUUUCGAUCUGCUUGCCUCCAAUGUGACUCGUUGGAAGAAGGUGCGCGGACAUUGGUUAAGACAUGCCUAUAAAUACGACAAGGAGCGCUAUGAAGAUAUUGAUCAGAUUAUGGACCUGUUGUGCAAGAACAAAUGAUGCACGAAAAGGAAUCUGAAAAGGGAACGGAAAACGAACAAUGCUGAUUAUUAAAAGAGGCAUAUUAUAAUGAUCAUACCCGAUUCUGUUACCAUUAACUUGAAUAAAUCCUUAUUUGUAUGCAUAUAUUAUCUUCCAUUUUUAUGUAUUAAAUAUAAUUUGAUUUUUUUAAUUAUAUAUUUCUUUGUGCAUAUAUUAAUUUAGACCUUUAACGAAACUUGUACUUAAUUAUUAUUAAAAUAGAACGAAAGGCCGUAAAAAACAGUGGCCAAGGGGAACCUCUAAUGAAUUUUACAAAAAAGGUGAAUAAAACACGAUCUAUUGUCAUUGA